AAGACGCGCUGGAGUACUUACCCGCUUUAUCCCUCGGAAGUCGUGAUAUAUGGGAACCAUUACGUGUGCCACACCCUCCACCACCUCCACUACGACGACGGCUCAGACUCAGAGACUCGUUGCACAUUCCUCAGAGCUUUCUUGUUUCCCUUUCUCAUCAAUCCCUUCCGUCUCGAAACGCUCGGCGUCGCUCCUCAAAAAUCCAAAUUCCAUCAACAAACGCUGUUCCAUGGCCACGCCUAUUCAACUCAACGUUUCUUCCACCAUUGCUGCAGCAAACGAAGCAGUAGAGGCUGCUUCUUCUGGUUUGGUGGGCGAGAAUGACCUGCUGAUAGUCGGACCUGGUGUUCUGGGUCGCUUAGUCGCAGAAAAAUGGCGGGAGGAACAUCCAGGUUGUCAAGUUUUUGGGCAAACGGUUUCCACUGAUCACCAUGAUGAAUUGAUUAAGAUGGGUAUUGAUCCAUCUUUGAAGGGGACUACAGCGACACACAAGUUUCCGUAUGUCAUUUUCUGUGCUCCUCCUUACCGAACUUCAGACUAUCCCGGUGAUGUCAGGGUGGCUGCAUUGAACUGGAAUGGCGAAGGUUCUUUCUUAUUUACAUCAAGUUCUGCACCAUAUGAUUGCAACGACAAUGGACCAUGUGAUGAGGACACACCGGUAGUACCUAUUGGGAGGAGCCCUAGAACAGAUGUCCUUCUAAAAGCAGAAAAUGUAGUGCUGGAAUUUGGUGGUUGUGUUCUUAGAUUGGCAGGACUUUACAAAGCAGAUAGAGGUGCACAUGUUUAUUGGUUAGAAAAAGGGACUGUUGAAGCUCGUCCAGAUCACAUCCUGAAUCUUAUACACUAUGAGGAUGCAGCUUCCCUUUCAGUUGCAAUCUUAAAGAAGAAUUUUCAUGGCCGGAUUUUUUUGGGUUGUGAUAAUCAUCCUUUAUCCAGGCAGGAAGUAAUGGACUUGGUUGCUAAAAGUGGAAAAUUCAGCAAAAAGUUCGAGGGCUUUACAGGCACAAGUGAUCCUCUGGGUAAGAGAUUGAACAACUCGAAAACUCGUGAGGAAAUAGGAUGGAAGCCAAAAUACUCAAGCUUCUCUGAUUUCCUUGGAACAUCCGAGUAAUUGUUGCAUCCAUCCUCAUUGUUGGGACUUCAAGACACUGAAAAAAGAUCUGGCUUUAGGCACUGCAUGCCCAGAGAACUUGGUCAUGAAGCUUCUGGGCUGAAACCUGAAUAUCGAUGUGCACAACUUACGAACGAGAGCGAGAGAAAGAGAGAAGGGAGAGAGAGAACUUCAGGGCAUAUUCAGAUUGAGGCAAGUAGGAUAUCUCUUGCACAUACAAGACGUUAGUUACAGGGGUUGUUUCAGUUUCUAACUGAUGUUUAUGUCGGUGUAUAUUGCUUACUAUAACGGCUUUGCCAUCUCUGGUCUCAGAAAUCUUCUCUCUCGGAAUUAAAAACAUGCAUCUGAUCUUCCUAGUUGUCAA